UCUCACAGCCGGACACAGGAGAGAAAACCAUCUCUCGACCACUAGUACCUAGCCAGCUCUAACCAUGGCUUCCAACGCGAACAUGUUGGCCAUGAUCAUGGCGUGCACGCUUCUCCUCACCGGCACCACCUGCGACGCCGCCCGCCACCUGGCCGACACGACCCCGGCGGCUGCAGCUCCGGCUGCUAGCGCUGUCCCUGGACUUCCGGCAGUGCCGACUUUGCCAGCCGUGCCCACGGACACGGUCACCCUGCUGCCACCCAUGCCGGCGGUAACCCUUCCCACCGUGCCGCAAGUGGCACUGCCGCCCAUGCCGGCCAUCGUCGUGCCUAAGGCGGUGCUGCCGCCCAUGCCCAAGGUCACCAUGGCACCCAUGCCCGCCAUCGUCGUCCCCAAGGUGACCCUGCCGCCGAUCCCCAACAUUGUCGUGCCCAAGGUGACGCUGCCUCCGAUGCCGUUCGUCCCCAAUGUGAACGUGCCUAUGCCGUUCGCGGCACCUCCUCCGUCAGCGUAG